CCAUUUUGUAAGAAAAUCAAGCAAGUCUGCCGCCCUACCUUCGCUUCAGACCUGCAGUUUUUUUCUUGUGCAAUGGACGGCCGCCUAGACGCUGAAUUGUACCCUCUGGGAACCGGCUACGUCCCUGAAAUUGAAAGUGUCCAUGACAUAUCAGUUGGCACAAAGAGGGGAUCUGACGAACUCUUUUCUUCCUGCAUAUCCAACGGGCCCUAUAUCAUGAACUCAGCCAAUGGCAACGACAGCAAAAAAUUCAAAGGUGACGUCCGCAGUCCUGGUGUUCCGUCACGUGUGGUCCAUGUACGCAAGCUGCCCAACGACAUAAAUGAGGCUGAAGUUAUUGGCCUGGGACUGCCCUUUGGGAAGGUCACCAAUUUGCUGAUGCUGAAAGGGAAAAACCAGGCAUUCUUAGAAAUGACCAGUGAGGAGUGUGCACAGGCGAUGGUGAGCUACUACUCCUCCGUCACCCUCAUCAGGAACAACCCCAUUUACAUGCAAUACUCCACUCAUAAGGAGCUCAAGACCGACAACUCCCCCAACCAAGUGCGUGCCCAGGCAGCUCUGCAGGCAGUCAAUGCUCUGCAUGGUGGUGGGAUGGGAAGCAUGGCCAUUCCAGCAGAUGUAGCUAGCAUGGGAGGAGCCGGGUCCCAAAGCCCUGUGCUCAGAGUCAUAGUGGAAAACCUCUUCUACCCAGUCACCCUGGAUGUACUUCACCAGAUUUUCUCUAAAUUCGGCACUGUGCUGAAGAUCAUCACUUUCACCAAGAACAACCAAUUCCAGGCACUGAUCCAGUAUGCCGAUGGCUUGACAGCUCAGCACGCUAAACUGUCUCUGGAUGGACAGAACAUCUACAAUGCCUGCUGUACCCUGAGAAUCAGCUUCUCCAAGCUCACCAGCCUCAAUGUCAAGUACAACAACGACAAGAGUAGGGAUUACACCCGUCCAGACCUCCCCACUGCAGAUUCACAGGCCUCCCUCGACCAUCAGACCAUGGCCGCUGCUGCAUUUGCUGCUCCGGGCUUAAUCUCAGCCUCUCCUUAUGGUGGAGCUCAUGGCUUCCCCCAAGCCUUUGCCAUCCAGCAGGCACAAGGGUUGUCAAUGCCCGGUAUGCCCGGUGCCCUGGCGUCCCUCGGUGUGAGCCAUGGUAGCAUGGCCGCUGCCGCAGCAGCCGCUAGCCGGUUUGGCCUGUCAGGGCUCACUGCCUCUGGUGGACACCAUGUGUUGUUGGUCAGCAACCUGAACCCUGAGAGCGUUACGCCACACUGCCUCUUUAUUCUUUUCGGUGUAUACGGCGAUGUCAUGAGAGUGAAGAUCCUGUUUAAUAAAAAGGAGAAUGCUCUGAUCCAGAUGUCUGAUAGCACACAGGCUCAGCUAGCUAUGAGCCACCUGAACGGUCAGCGUCUUCAUGGCAGGGCCAUGCGUGUGACAUCAUCGAAACACACCACCGUGCAGCUGCCCAGAGAAGGCCACGAGGACCAGGGUCUCACCAAGGACUACAGCAACUCACCGCUGCACCGCUUCAAGAAGCCCGGCUCCAAAAAUUACUCCAACAUCUUCCCACCCUCGGCAACGCUCCACCUCUCCAACAUACCGCCUGCUGUGGUGGAGGAUGACCUCAGGAGGCUUUUUGCCAGCUCAGGAGCCACAGUCAAGGCCUUCAAGUUCUUUCAAAAAGACCGCAAGAUGGCCCUGAUCCAGAUGGGCUCAGUCGAGGAGGCAAUCGAGUCUCUCAUUGAGUUCCACAAUCAUGAUCUGGGAGAGAACCACCACCUUCGAGUGUCCUUCUCAAAGUCCACCAUCUGAGUGCUGUUCCUCCCUCCAAAUCCUUCAGAGGAAGUGGCCACCAUAACAUAGUGAUGGCUGCGGUUCUUUGUAGAAUGUUGCUCCCUUCACCGUUCUUAAUCAUUCCCCUCGUUAAUAGGUUUGGGUUUCACAUUUAAUCAACAGUGCUUCCGAUUCCUGGUUCCAAUUUUUGUCAUGUGUUACAAGAAAUAGUUAAAAAUCUAACUAAAUUAAAACAUAAACCAAUAUGAAUAUUUUGUCUUGCCACACACCUGUUUGUCUAGAGUUAGUUUUGCUAACAUUAGCUGAUUUUGGGGCAUUCUGGUUUUGACCGUGGACCUCUAAAACCCUGCAUUCUUCUACCAUGAUGCAGUAUGUUACAGUUCCACUUAGUGAUUACAUUUUCCUGUAUCACUCCUCCCUUUUGGGAAGCUAAGUUACACUUGUAAGCGGUAGGUCCGGCAUGUAAUGGUGUAAACACUGUCCACAUGCAUUGGUUCAAGUGUGACAGACAAUGUAAACGAGUCCAAACUUGGCUCAGGAAUCGGUCAAUAGAAUCAAAGCACGUUUCUGUUUCCAGUUCAGGACCGGUUCUUGGUACCCAAACCAUAAAAUUAAUUUGUUCCAUCAUUUUAGUUGUUUAACCGGGGUCCUGAGAAGGGGGCAACAUUCUGCAAUCAAACAUGUUAUAUAUUGGAGGUGAAGUAGAGGCAGCUGAUGAACUGUCACUUUAGACCAAAUCGCUUAAAAAGAAAAAAAAAAAAAGACACCCUCCACCACAGAUGCUCAUGUGGAUGAAUCCAAUCCACACAAGACACACUUCAGCAUUCCUUUUAUUGUGAUAGUCGUGUGGAUAUAUCUAUGUGUGUGUGUGCCUUGUUUUUCAAAAUGCCACUUUGACCCUGUUUGGCCAGUCAGAAACGGUUCGAUACAAAAGGAUUUUGUUUUGGCUACAAAGACCACCAAACAAUUUAAUAUCCCAGUAUCCAUUUUGAUUUUAUCUUGUAACUACCCGUCUGUUUUGCUUCGGGGGAUCCAUACCACUAUCUGGAGUCAUUCGAUAAGGAUGUGUUUUGUUUUUUUUCUUUCCAUAUCUGUAUCUACAGUCUUGUGCCUUACUUUUGCCCCAACCAGAUUGCCUUAAGCAUCGCUCUGGCUUUAUUUGGAAAAAAGACGUGGCUCACAAAAAUGCCUUUUUUCAUGCCUUGUGGUAUGUACCAGCAUUGUUCACAUUGGGGGAGGAGAAAGUGUCUCAUUCAAAUUUCAGUUUCUUCUAAAAAAAAACACACAAUUGUAUUUCUAGUGAUUUGUAUGCAUAUCCCCAUUAUAAGUAUGUAGAAUCUAUGAAUGUAUGUCAGUUAGUUGCCUAAUAUCCUUGCUAGGUGAUGUAGCUCUGUUAGGUGUUGUUUUGUGGCAGGACUUGUGAGCUGUAGCCAGCGUUCCUGUCUUACCGUCCCCAUUCACCUUCAUGUCGUCCUUCCUCAGGAGGGACAACGGUGUUCGGGGGCGUCAUUUAACCAUAUUAUGUUCAUCUAUAUGUGGACACCUAUAUAUUCAUUUAUCUUUUCUUUUUAAUGUUAGUAUUUACAUGUGUAUCACUGCUAAGCUUAUCUGAUACCUAUAUGUAGGGGCUGGGUUUGAUCAUUAUCACAGUGCCUUGAGUUUUUAAUCUGAGGCUGAAACAUUUUUUUCGUCUGGCCUGGUCAGUUGACUUUGUUUACCUCUCGUUCAGGUGUUUUAUCUUUCCCGGUCCGCAAAGUUGCCUUUAUCCCAUAACCUUCAGGUGAUCCUACCUGUGAGAGAGCAGCUUGGGAGUCAUUGAUCAACUGAAAGUAACAACAGUCUUGGAUUGUGUCUAAAAAAAAAAAACUAAAAAAAAAUCCUUAAACCCAGUAUAUAUAUAUUUUCUUUCUUAAAUUCAGGAUAACAGGAUUCCAGGGUGGGAUAGUCCUCGCCCAUUCCUGUCUGUGUCCACUUACGCCACAGCCAGGUUCCUUAGUGCACUUUUCCUCAACGAUAGGUCCAAAGUUGGCACCGUCACGCUGAAGUCUUAAAACGUCGUCACAUUCCUGCGUGCCUCAAGCACCCGUUUCCACAGACUCGACCACUGUAGUUUUGGACCAGAUACAGAUUCACUCUGUCUCUAUUUUUGUAAAAGAUUAUUAUGCAUGGUUUAACGAAGCUUCAUGUAGCUACAGGCUGUUAUUGCUGUUAAGGACCAAAGUAUCUUCUACCCCCUGCUGUUUUGUAGUGUUGUGAUUUCUACGUUUUGAUUUCCACAAGUUCACAAGGCUUCAGUUUACCUUUUUUUUCUUUUUUUCUUUUUUUUCUUCAUUACUCAAAUGCCCUGGACAAAUGUCACAUGAAGUUACAAUACGUUUGGGUAUCAGUCUAUACUGUACAUUGUAUCCCAUUUUGUUGGAUUGACAUUACAAAGAGCCUACUUUGGUAGUUUGCUUUAGAAAGGAUACUUAAUUGAACCACAGUCCUAGCUGUGAUGUUGAUGGUGUAGAAGAUUUAUAUAUGCCUUUUCUUUUUUUUUUUGUUAAAAGCUUUUAUGUUUCUCCUCUUUUAUAUGGGGGCGGGUCGGGGUUAUUGUAUGAAGCGGGAUUGAUGGUUGUAUAUAUUCAUGUUUUUGUACCACAAUCAUUUGGAUGAUAUCCACUUUACGUUCAAAACAUGUAUAUUUUGAUAAAACAAUACAGACCUAUUGAGCUCUGCGGAGCUGUAAAAACAGAAAAAAAAAAAAACUUUUGUAACACAAAGACAUUAAACCUAUCUGAACACAGAAGUGUCUCUGUAUGUGCCCCGCUCCUCCCCCUCCCCCCCUCCCACCUUUGCCAUUCUGUUCUUGUCUCUUGCAUCUUCUGCUGCCUUCAAU